GCCUAGGUCCAGAGAUUAUAUCUCGAUUUGUGAUGCACGGUACAAGUGUAGCUGAGAUAGUUAAGCACCUGAUAACUUUCCUGAAGAAGAAUGAUGAUGAUCUUGCAAAAACUUUCUUGGAAGCACUGAAAAUGGCCUACAAUCGGUAUAUGAUUGAACUAUCUAGAGGUGAUGAUGAAUCUUUAGCAAGCAAGCAUUUUCAAGAGUUCCAAGCACUAGCUGCUCAGCUUUCUGGGACAUUUGUAGGUGCUUCCAAAAACAAGCACAAAUCAGACAUUUUGAAAAUCGUGAACCAGGGAGUUGAAUAUGCUUUUAUAGAUGCCCCCAAGCAGUUGUCCUUUCUGGAAGGUGCUGUGUUCCAUUUUGUGUCCAAAUUGUCUACACCUGAUAUUCUUGAGAUUAAUGUCAAUAUUCAAAAUCGACCGGAGAAUGUAAAUAUGGAUGAAGAUCCUAGUGGCUGGCGUCCUUAUCACACAUUCGUUCAAACCUUGCGGGAAAAAUUUGCAAAGAUUGAAGGCGUCCAAGAAGAAAAAGAUGGGACCUCUAUAAGGCGCAGGGGUCGUCCACGGAAAAGGUGUAAUAUACAGGGAAAGAGGCUCUUUGAUGAUCAUGACUCAAGUGAAGAAGAGGACUCAAUUAGUGGAUCUGACCAUGAAAAUGCUCAAGAUGAAGAAGAACAAGAUGAGGAUGAUGAAGAUGUUCCUUUGAUAAAUCAAAUUAGGCCAUCAUCCAAGUUAAGAUCACUGAGAGGUUCACGAGAGGGAAACAAAGGCCAGACGCAGAUGUGAUAUGCUUAAGAUCUGAUAUAUAUGCGGCUUCUAGGAUGUCAGGAUCCCAAAUCUAGAAUUGCGACCUGCAUACUGUAUAUCCAAGGUACAUAGUUUCCUCGCAACAUAUUCUUAAGUCUGAUAGAAUCAUGUAAUUCAUUCUCUAGAUUUCUGUUAGUACCUUGAGCUCUUUGACUCCUCAUAAUUGAUUAGGUUGCUCUCCUUUAUUUAUUUUAUCCAUGACGAAGUUGUGUGGAUGGAAGACACUGAUCUCCCGGCAUGUUGUGUAAAAUGUAGCAAUCUUUUGGGUACUUUCCUCAAAACAUUGGUUAAUCAAAAUUGACUACCUCUUAACCUGU